AUCCCAACUCCUCCGGCCAUUGCCGCACCCACAGAACCCUCACGCCCCGCCGCAAUUCCCGCGGCCCGCGGCCAUGCAAUCGCGGUAUAACAAUUCGCUCUGGAUGCAGGAAGAAGCUGGCCAAGAACAGGGCCUCGGCCACCAGCAACCGGCGGCGACCGGGAUGCUGCCGAUGAUGGGGCACGAGACGGGUCCCCACCGUGACCAGCACCUCCUGGCUAUGGGCUCGGUGGGAGGUGGGGAUUUCCGCGCUCCGGCGAUGCUUGAUGAGGACUGGUACUUCGACGCCGGCGCGCAAGCGGGUGGCGACGCCGCCGCGCGCGGGUCCAUGGCCAUUGUGCCGGCGUCCAUGGGAGCAUCGGGUUCCGACCCCGGCUUCGGUGCAGGCUCGCAGAUGUUCCCGCUCCUCAACCUAGGAGGCACCGGACCGUUCGACAUCUCUGGAUUCGGCCUUGGCCGCUCCGGAAAUGUUGGCGGCGAUUUCGCGGCGUUUCUUGGCGCCGGGAAAGCUUCGAACACCGCCCCGGUUUCCCUGCUGACGCAUGGGAACACAGGAUUCCUUGGCUCCUUCGGUGGCUUCGGCCUCGCACCGCCACAAAUGACGGAGUUCGGUGGCCUCGCCGGUUUCGACUUGUUCGACACCGGCGCAGGGGACGGGAGCGGCUCCUCCUCGGAGGCGCCUGCUGCUCCGGCGUGCUUGACCGCUCCCUUCUCCGGGCGCGGGAACGCGGCUGUUUUGCAGCCGCUGGAGACCUUCCCGCCGGUGGGCGCGCAGCCGACGCUCUUCCAGAAACGCGCGCUCCGGCGUAAUGCCGGCGAAGAGGACGACGAGAAGAAGCGUAUGGUGGUGUCGGCCGGGAGUGGCUUGUCCGCUGGGCGUGACACACUACUCGACGACGUCGAUGAGGACGUCGUGAGCAUUGACGCGUCCGGAAUGAAUUACGACUCGGAGCCGGAGGACGGGAGGGGCGUCGAGGAGAGCGCCAGGAAGGAAUCGAACGCCAACAGCACGGUGACCGUCGGCGGCGGCACGGCGGAAGGGAAGGGGAAGAGGAAGGGAAUGCCGGCCAAGAACCUCAUGGCGGAGCGCCGUCGUCGCAAGAAGCUCAAUGACCGGCUCUACAUGCUCCGGUCUGUCGUGCCCAAGAUCAGCAAGAUGGACAGGGCUUCGAUUCUUGGUGAUGCAAUCGAGUACCUGAAGGAGCUCCUACAAAAGAUCAAUGAUCUUCAGAAUGAGCUAGAGGCAUCUCCCUCCACAUCCUCACUGCCUCCAACACCCACAAGCUUCCACCCUCUGACUCCUACACUACCCACACUGCCAUCCCGUGUGAAGGAAGAGCUUUGCCCGAGUGCACUGCCAAGCCCUACUGGUCAGCAACCAAGUGUUGAGGUUAGGCUUCGUGAAGGUCGUGUCGUCAACAUCCACAUGUUAUGCGCUCGCAGGCCUGGUCUUCUGCUAUCUGCCAUGAAGGCAAUCGAAUCCCUCGGUCUGGAUGUGCAGCAAGCUGUGAUCAGUUGCUUCAAUGGCUUUGCCUUGGAUGUUUUCAAGGCCGAGCAAUGCAAUGAUGGCCCUGGUCUUCAGCCAGAGGAAAUCAAGGCAGUUCUCUUGCAAUCUGCCGGGUUCCAUCCCGUGAUCUAGGGCUGGAGAGCCCAAUCAACAACUGCAAAGAAAAGAAACAGUAUAGCUAAGGAAUAGAAGCACCUUCAUCUUCUGAAACCUGAUCAGGAUCGAGUUUCCUGAACCAGUUUAUCCGCCAGCUUUUACUUUACAGUCCAAAAUAAUCUCAGUAAUCUGUUAUUAGUUCCUAACAUUGUGUUAAAAAGCUUAUUCCUGUUUUUUUACCUUAGUACCUUUCCCUGCAUGCUCUGUUUCGAAUUUUGUAACAAGGAAUUGCAUGGAUUAAAGCUUAA